AUGCCAUAGGUACCAAAAAAUGCUUCUAUAUGCUUGAAAGUAUUGGAGAGGGUAAGCUCAUCAUUCUCUAUCAUUCCACUACUUUUCAUCCUCCUAGCUGCACUCCUGCCUUAUCAAAAAUUAAAACAAUUUUUUUUUCCUUACUGUACAAACUUAACUCAAAAAUUUAAUUGUGAAUCUGAUUCUUUUGUACUCAAGCGCAAAAAAUUAUUCUAAACAAAAUAAGCGAAAUUCAUAUUUUUCCCAAAAUUUUAAUAUGGUCAUACUAGUUAUGUUAUGUCAGUCUAUUUCUCUCCUGAUGGAAAUACAUUAGCUUCUGGUAGUUAUGAUAAGUCUAUCCGUCUAUGGGAUGUAAAGACAGGAUAAGAAAUUAAAUCCUCUGAUAAAAACUACAAAGAUAUUCUUGCAUAAUUUAAGAUUGCACCCUAAAAAAAUUCUCAAUUAUAGAAGGUACUAUUAAUUUUUUUAAUAUUUUUAGCCUCCAAUUACAUCACUACCCUUCUGA